AUGGAUAACAAAGGUCGUGAACCCGGGGCCAUAGAUCGGGUGCAUUGUACUAUCUAUAGUCGUUUGACCUUGUGUGUCAAUAACGAAAUAAGAGGUGAAAUAAAUGAGUUAAUGAGACACUGGAAGUUAUAUGGUGCUGAAAAGAUGAAUAUUGGAGAUGUGGCAAAGGUCAUGAAACGAUUCCUGGCCAAAAGUGGCAGAAACCAACAUAUAGAAUAA